AUGAUUAAACACACGAUGAUAUCCCGGCUGGAUGGCCUGAUAUUGACCGCCUCAGUCGAUGACGAGCAGACAGACGCCGAAUUCAAUGAGGUCAAGGGCAAGGUAAAGCUCGUCCAGCGCCGCCUGAACCGCAACUCGGAGCCACAAGCAAGCAUAGAGAGCGGCAGCUACACAUACCACUACCUAAUCGAAGGCGACCUCUGCUUCCUCUGCAUAUGCGACCGCUCUUACCCCCGCAAGCUUGCCUUCACCUACUUGUCCGAUCUCUCGCGAGAAUUCACCACCACCUAUCAGCCCCAGCAAUAUCUCUCGCCAACUUGCCGCCCGUAUGCCUUCGUAGAAUUCGACACCUUUAUUCAGCGCACAAAGAAGACAUACCAAGAUUCAAGAGCGACACAAAACCUUGAUAAACUGAAUGAUGAGUUGAAGGAUGUCACAAAGGUAAUGACCAAGAACAUUGAAGAUCUGCUCUAUCGUGGAGACAGCCUGGAGAGGAUGGGCGACAUUUCGAGUCGGCUACGCGAAGACAGCAGAAAGUACAAGAAGGCAGCUGUGCGUAUCAAUUGGGAGCUACUGCUUAAACAGUACGGACCUGUUGGUGGACUUGCCUUCAUCAUUAUUGUUUUCAUUUGGUGGAGGUUCUUUUAA